AUGGAAGAUUUAUGUGUCCGACUGACAGAUAUGCCCGAUGAAAUACUUUUGUUGAUAUUGAAUAAAUUAACCAAUAUCGAAGUACUUUAUUCUCUAAUAGGCAUUAAUAUACGACUUGAUAAAAUCGUAAAUGAUCCUAUUUUUACUGAACAUUUAACACUAAUGAGACGUUCAUCGAAUGGUGUUAUCAAUUUACUUGAUGAUUCAAUACUUAAACGAUUUUAUUCAGAAAUAUUGCCUAAAAUUCAUUAUAAAAUCAAGUGGUUUGAUCUCGAACCAUUAUGUAUGGAACGUAUUCUUCUUGCUGCUGACUAUCCGAAUUUACAUGGCCUUUCUCUGUUCAAUAUUGAACGUGAGACAAUUUUACGUUUGUUUGAUGGAUCAACAUCAGACAUAAUCAAUAUAGUGUGUACAUAUGUUUUAAUUAUGUGCACAAAUUUACUAUGCUUAAAAUUUCAUCCAUAUUCCGAUAUUUAUGUUGACUUUCGUGAACGAUUAUCUUUCGAAUCAAUAGAACCUGCAAGAUUUUUUUCUUCAAAUUUAAUGGAAUUACAAAUCAAUGUUGACGAUUUUACUGAUUGUCUUUAUCUGCUUGAUGGUCGUUUCCCACGACUUUGUAUUUUCUAUGUUGAUGUUCGUUUGUUUACUCCUCCAUCACCAGCAAUUAUUAACAAGAUAGAUUAUUAG